AUGAAACUUAAACUUGACAACGUCCAUCUUGUCUCGAACGAGUCAAAAUACAUGAUUCACAAUCUUGAAUCGCAACCGUACUACUUGUUAUUCGCUAGAGGAAAUGCCGAUCCAUUUACACUGGAAAAGGAUAUUCACUCUGUUAACGACAAUCCGCAGUUUCCAUGGAUGACUCAGGAAAUGGCAACACUGGAAAAGGAUAUUCACUCUGUCAAUGACAAUCCGCAGUUUCCAUGGAUGACUCAGGAAAUGGCAAGUCCUAGACGACACUAUUAG